GUUUUGGUUUAGGCGUGCACAUGCACUCAUAUAAAAGCAGCUGUCCAGUUUGUUGCUAAUGAAGAAAUCAACUACAGGAGCAAGAACUUCUCACAUCAACGAGGACACAAACCUUCACUAAGACAACAUGGUGAGGAAGAGCAGCCUCAGCAGCUCUGAGGUGCACCAGUGCGGUCCACAGUGCCUUGGACCCCUGACCUUCCACUCUCAGACUAAAGGGGUGUGCAUUCGCCUCUCUGAACACGGGAGAUGUGCGCAGCGGAACACAGACACCUUUAAGAACGGGCUCCUCUUCAGCUGCCGCUCCGUCAGGGUGCAGGAGAGGGUACAACUCAGGAUAAACAAACACAAGCUCAACUGGACCGGAGCGCUCCGCGUGGGCUUCACUACUGUGCCUCCCUCAACCCGCACUGGAGACUUGCCCUGCAUGGCCAUCCCCUGCCUCACAAAACUCCCGGGACACUGGGCUGCUCCAGUCAGAGACUCCCUAGUCAGGGCAGGUGCACUGCUGGAGUUCUGGGUGUCAGACAAUGGCAAUUUAAAUGUGUCUAUCAACAACAGCAUUCAGUGUAAACUACUGACAGGCGUGGACGUCAGCCGACCACUAUGGGCCAUGAUCGAUGCAUAUGGUCAAACAUGCGGUAUUACAUUAUUAGGAUCAGUGAAGAAAGAGUUGUUUCGCACAAAAAAGUCUUGUCCUCCUCCUCAACAUGAGACUCCCUCUGCCCCAAGUUUAGAUUCAUGCACAGACAUCACACUACUGGAUACACAGACUAUAGCAGACAAAGCCCACUGCGAGGAGUGUGUUGUGUGUUUGGGAAAAAAGGCCAGGAUAAUAGUGAAGCCCUGUGGACACCAGUGUUUGUGUUCAAACUGUGCAAUACGAGUUCUGGAGGAGUUUGGCACCUGUCCGCUGUGCCGACAGUUCAUCUGCAGUGGGGCCAUAGCUGCCCUGUAAUCUCAGCUAAGAAAUGGUGAAUAAUGUAAAUAUGUAAUGUGGAUAGUUUAACUUAUGUAUGAUGUUGUAUUUUAAUUUGAGAUUUUGUAUCUGUUAUUUAUUUUAACACUAAAUUACCACUACACUGAAUAUUUGGAUGUUUUUACAUUUUUAUUAUAUUUAAUAAUAAUAAAAAUAUAAAAUAUAUGCAAAUAUUAUGAUAUAUGUAAUAAAAAGUACUUAAACUA